AUGGCUGCCGCAUCUAUUUCAAGAAGUUUUACGAGGAAUUGGUAUAGAGCUGAAAUUGUUCCUCUGUGUACCAUAGUUGUGCUUGCUGGAUUCUCGGUCGGAGCGCAAAAGCACCUGAUGUGGUAUGGGAUAA